AUGCCAUUCGUCUACGAUCAUAUAGUCACAUCAUAUAAACGCCAUGCAACUCAAAUAAGUUUUAGUUUCAACGACCAAGAAGCUAAAGUUGAUGACUAUUUUAUAUCGGUGGUUUGCGAAGAUGUGGAAGCAUUUGUGAGAAACCAGAUAAACCAAUUGACUCACCUUUCAUUAAAUACUUUGGAAACCGACGGAGAUCAGAUGAUGUUAGAGACAAACAUCAACAGAAUAUGUCGAUGUUUGAAGAACUCAUUGCAAUCGAGAACUGAAAAGUUGAAAGUGGAACAUUUCAAUCUGUCAGUUCUUGAAAUAAGUCAAGUUGUAUCAGCAGUUAACCUACUUCACCGUGAUAUUCUACGGUCGGUUAUUGUACAUUUGCCAUUUGAAGAUCAGGUAUUCCCAGCUGAUGACUUUAUACCUCUAAUAGAAGGGCAGGGACGGCAGAGGUUGGAUCUGACAAUCAUGUUACAUAAGUUCUCAUUGGAAGUGUUAGAGGAAGUGAGAACGCUUCUUACCUACACUUCCCAACUCAACUCUAUCACUGUCAACUAUACAAUCAUUGAUGAGAAAUGCAUUGAAUUAAUUGCUGAAACAGAACAUUCACCAGAGAAGAAGACUGUCAAGUUUUCAAUAGAUCACGCUGAUGAUCCAAUUGAAGAAAUGACUAUGCUCAAUCUAUCAGACAACAAAUGCCAUUUGAAUAUCUUCGAGAUUCCUUCGAUAAUGAAGUCAAUUGCAUCAAAUUUAGAAUGUCCUCAAAUCCAAUCACUUCGAAAAGUGUCUAGAGGUAUCCGUCAGAGUGUCGAUUAUGUCAAGCCAGAUCCUCAUAUUCAUCGUUAUGUAUUUUGGCUCAAAAAUUAUUUGAGAGUUGACAUUGAACAAAUGAUGAAUGGACCAAUUGCGACACGCUACAAGGGAUCUCUGGAACAAAAAGCAGUUCGAGUUGUAAAUGAUUUCGAUUUGAAUACAAGACAUCAAAAAAGUUGCAUGAAUUGGCUAUCUAUUGAAAUGGAUGAAGAAACCUGGAAAUUGAAAGAAGAAGAAGACGAUCCAGCUUUGUCCAAGUUUUUCAAACUGCUAAGAGAUGUUUUGAUCUCCAGGACAUCCCCAUUAAAAGUUGAAUAUUUGACGUUGUAUACCCGCUGGCAAUGUUUGAUGAUGGAUAUACUACCGUAUCUCGACGCAGAAUUUUUGGAAAAUAUUCAUAUACAUAGGAUCGAAGGAAUUAAUGAAGAAUGUACCAUUGAUCUAGAUGAAAUUUCAAAAACUGAGCAAUGGAGCAAAGCGAAACGACUGUGGAUGACAGAUUUGACUGUUCGGAUGUCAAUUCAAGACAUGAAUAUUCUGAAUUUUAAAUGGAUUCAGAUUACUGUGGAAACAAUGACGCGGGAGGAUAUUACGUAUUGCAGAAAGAGUCUCCCUCAAUCUUCAGUCUUUUUGGUAGUCAAAAUACGCAUCAAAAAGUGUUCAUCCGAAGACUUUCUUGCAACAUUGGGAGAACCUUACCGAGUCGUCAACGACAUCAAGUAUAUAUGGUAUUUCCGAAUUGAGAAUGAACCAAAAUAUCUUCACGUAAUGCUCGAACAAAUUCCUCUUCAAAAUGAAGGCCGUUUGCAGUUUGCAAAAGUUCCUCAGACUGAAUCUCCAUUCUUUAGAAUUUCAUAA